UCGCUUGUCUUGGCUGGAGAACUCCGGAGUUGGCUUCUCCUUGGAUUAUCCCACCAUAAGUUUACACGCUGUCUCCAGGGACCUGAGUGCCUUCCCAUGGGAGCACUUGUAUGUCAUGGUGAACGCCAGGUUUGAAGAGGCAGAGACAAAAGAUGCUCCUGUGGCUGAAGGGGAGGAGGAGGAAGAGGACAGUGAUGACGAUGCUGAACCCAUUGCAGAGUUCAGAUUUGUACCUAGUGACAAAUCAGCCUUGGAAGCCAUGUUUUCAGCCAUGUGUGAAUGCCAAGCUCUGCACCCAGACCCAGAUGAUGAAGAUUCAGACAAUGACUACGAAGGGGAGGAAUACGAUGUUGAGGCCCAUGAGCUACAGCAAGGUGACAUCCCCAGCUUCUACACCUACGAAGAAGGGUUGUCACAUUUAACUGCAGAAGGCCAGGCCACGCUGGAGAGGUUAGAAGGCAUGUUAGCCCAGUCUGUCAGCAGCCAGUACAACAUGGCUGGAGUCAGAACAGAAGACUCCAUAAGGGAGUUUGAAGAUGGGAUGGAGGUGGACAUAGCACCGGUAGUUGCGGGGCAGUUUGAAGAUGCAGAAGUCGAUCACUGAGGAGGCCACACGCUGCUAUUCCUCUUGUGGCACUUGCAGAAUAAGCUGUAAAACUGAAGGCAUGGCAGUGACUAUCAGGAGUUAACCUUUCUUUUAAUGACCUAUGCUUAAGACAUCUAAGGUCUAAAAAUGCUUUUAUAGAUGUUUAAACCAGGGUUUGACAUUUGUGACCACUAUGGGGUUAUUUAAA